AAUUCGUGUAAAAUGGAAUUCAAUAAUAACAAAGGUGAAUUAAACUUUCCAUUUGAGAUUAAAAAAAUAGAACCGGAACUUAAUGAUCAACUCCUCAAGGACUUUACAGGAGAAAAAACAGGAUUUGUGCAGGUUGGAAAGGAGAAAUGGUUCUUUCCUAGCCAAUAUAGCAGCAUGGCAGAGAAGUUUUACAAUUUUCAAGCACGUUCAGAUGAUAUUUGGGUUGUAACAUUCCCACGUUCAGGUACAACCUGGACGCAAGAACUCGUAUGGAUGAUUGCCAAUGACUUGGACUACCAAGGAGCUCAGAGAGAACCACUCACAAAGCGCUUUCCCUUUUUCGAGUUUGCUGCAUUCCUGCAUCCUGAGACAAAGGCUGAACUGAUGCGGCUUAAUACCGAAUCGCCGCAGAAUCAAGCAUUUGUGGAUGAAAUAUCGGUGCCAGCGUAUACAUUUUUGCCAAAUAUUACUAAGAGGCGCUUUAUUAAAACUCACUUUCCAUUCAGUUUGUUACCACCGAGUGUGCUUAAGUCUGGUGCUAAAAUUAUCUAUGUAGCACGGAAUCCACGAGAUGUAGCGGUAUCCUUCUACCAUUUAAAUCGUCUUUAUCGCUCUCAAGGAUAUACAGGAGACUUCCACACCUACUGGGGUUACUUUGAACGCAACUUAGCACCUUGGAUGCCUUACUGGACACAUAUUCGCGAAGGAUGGGAGCACAGAGAUCAUCCAAAUGUCCUUUUUAUGUUAUACGAAGACAUGAAUUCCGACCUCACUUCCACAAUUAGACGUGUAGCAGACUUUCUCGGGAAGUCAUUAAAUGAUAUGGACAUAGAUUGCCUUUCGAAUUAUCUUAGCAUUGAACAAUUCCGAAAGAACAAUUCUGUUAAUUGUACUGAACUCAAGGAGAUUCAUUUAUUGAAUAGUGGCGAACAAGAAUUUGUUAGACGCGGGAAAACUGAUGGAUGGAGUGAGGAGUACACACCAGAAUUAAAGGAAAGAGUAAAAAAUUGGAUACUUAAGAAUUCCAAAGAUUUACCUUUUAAAUUUCCUUGUGAUCUGUUGUAGUUAAAAUAUGACUAAAAUAGGAAAUGUUAAAGUUCAGAUUUAAAAAUAUUCAUACCUAUCUAAAUCUGUUUUUAUCAAAUCAUUUUUUUUUUCAAAAAAUGUAGUAAAUUAGAAACUUUAAAAGAAUUAGGUCAGAAGCAAAGUUUUUCUUUGACCUUGUUGAAAAAUUUUAUUAGUAUUUUGAGCUUUAUUGAUCAAUCUCAGGGGGUAGACAAAGACUCUAUUUCCAUAGGAAUUCACUGCUCACUCGCUGAGACACCCAGGAAAAUGCUUCAAUCUGAAAAAAUCCACCACCACUGGAUAGAUAAUUUAAUAUUCUAUCGAUUGAUAGCUUUUGAGGGGUGUCUCACGAAGAUUAAUGCACUAAAACUGAUUUUAAAAAUUUUGAUGCACUUUUUGGAAAUAAAGUGACGUCAUUUUCUUCCUUUAAUUUCUCUGCAAACCGUCCGCCAUUAUUUGCUGUGUUCGGGUAAAAAAGGGCUUUGUCUACCCCCCGAUCAAUCUUCAGGUAUAUUUUAUUUUUGACUAAUUAUAAGUGCAAAUGCCGACUUUCUACUCUUUUAUUUAGACUUUCUCCACUCUUCCAAUUUUUUCUUGCGAUUUUCUUUCAAUUUCAUGUAUUCUUCAAACCAUUUGUUAUGAUUUUUAAUAUCAUCUGUUGUUAUACCUAUAACAAAAAUAUAAAAUAUCAAGAAAA